CAAGAUCAGGCAAACGCGCAGGACAUUCUAGAACGAACAAGUGACGAAGUUGGGUCACACGAACGAUGCCACUCCCUUCGAGAGACUAUUACCGAUGGCUUGGUAAUAUGAAGGAAUUCUACUGGAACAAGAAAGAACCGCCGCCGUCGAUAUCAGAGCGAACCGCUCUGCUCUGCGGACUCCUCUUUACCGCCUUCUUCGUCGCGCCCUUCUACCUCAGUCCGACCCUACGCGCCACCCCUCUGACCUCGCGCGAUGCACCCGCAGUCAUCAAAGCGCGAGUUCGCGCAGUUGGGCUCAGUUGUAUUGCGUCGACCGUUGUCACCGUCUACGUCCUGGUGUCUUCCGGCCAUUCCACUCCACGCGAUGUCUUACGGUUGUUGGCCGUCUGGCCGAUAAAUCUUCCCGAUUGCGCCAAGACACUGGCGUUGUUAUCCAUCCUCUUCAUCGGGCCGUUGUACGAAACGAUUCUCGUGGACUCCGGAUGGCGGCAGUGGAAUCUCGCGACCUUCAAGGACCGAUUUUUCACAGAUCUACGAGGUUUGAGAAACAACGUCGUAGCUCCGUGGGCUGAAGAAUGGGUCUUUCGCAGUCUGGUUGUGUCACUCUAUCUCGUGGCGAAGGUCUCCCCUACCCGGAUCGUGUUUACCACGCCACUCAUAUUUGGAGCAGCGCAUGUUCAUCAUCUUGUUGAGUUCGUCAUGAGUGGAACGGCAUCUGGCCAGAGCUCAUUCGGCAAAAUCCUUCUCCUCGGCUUGGCCAGAAGUUUCUUUCAGUUCACCUACACGACACUCUUUGGAUUCUUCGCCGCCUUCCUCUAUCUCCGGACGGGAAAUGUCUUUGCAGCAGUCACAGCGCACACUUUCUGCAACUUCAUGGGGUUUCCACGGGUUUUGGGGAGGGUAGGUCAGACGGAGGAUUAUCAGGCCUACGAAAUGACACCAGACGUGGCACAAGGCAAAAAAAGUGAUGAUGGAGGUCAGGUCAGAGUCGGCAACAGUUUGAUGCAAGACAAGGACGAGGGCGGGAACGCAACAGCAGGCCUCGAGGGCUUGAAACCUCGCGGCCUUGGUGUGCAAUGGACGGUACUAUACUACAUGCUACUUGUCGCCGGCUCUUAUGGGUUUUACGAGCUGAUCUGGCCGCUGACGGAGAGCUCGAACGCGCUCGCUUCGUUCUAGGGAGACCUUGCCGGGUCAAAGUUCGUGCCUCUUGUCGUCCUGUUCGGAAAAUGUGUGGUACCUAGCGUAUGGAGUCUCUUGCUGAAGAUUACGGGACAGCCACCAGAUAUGAAGGGCAUGGACCUGCUGCACGUGGGUGUAGCUUGAUUGUGAUUCAGAUGACCCAAGUGAGGGGUCCACAUCACUGUAUGUCUGCUUGAUAGAGCCAAAACUGUCCCCGAACGCCUUUCGUACCCGCUUGAACGCUGAAUUUGCUUGAGCACUGGCUGCUCUACUGAUCAUCAUCGUUUGCGCUGCCAUCUCGCGGGAUAUAUCGUAUUCCUGCAUUCUCAGCGGCAGCGACGUAAUCUUCGGGGAGCAGUCCAUUCACUUUCGUCGCAUAGACACCGGGGACAUAGCCUUGAAUCCGCAACCACCUGCUGACCCAGCCCGUACUCGUGUCAUUGACUGUGACGAGCCCUUCGAAGACCUCGCUCGUGCAAUCACCGAUAGCGUCGCUGCUGUUGCGCAAUUCGAGAAAGUCCUCGCAGUUGGGGCAUCCGGUUUUGGACCACUUGUUUGCCGCCUGGACAAACGAGCACACGAGACAGGCGCGGAGGCCACGUGGGACUUGCGACAUGAUGGGGAGAUGUGUCUGGGUGGUGGAUUUCCUUUGGAUAUGUAGUUUGAUAUAGAAGCAGAGGUAGGUAGGAGAGUAGAGGUAAGAUGUUG